AUGUCUAUUGUAAGCGACUUGAGGAUAGCCGUGAUAUGCUCUAGCAACAUGAACAGAAGCAUGGAGGCUCACGCUUUUUUAGCUAAAAAAGGCUUCCUGGUACAGUCAUUUGGUACUGGGGACAAAGUAAAAAUUCCAGGCUCCGCCGCUGACCGACCCAACGUCUACGAUUUCGGCACGUCUUACGACCACAUUUAUAACGAUUUGGCUGAAAAAGACAAAUCUUUGUACACCCAAAACGGAUUACUUCACACCCUGGAUAGGAACCGCAGAAUCAAAUCCCAUCCGCAAAAGUUUCAAGACACCACAGAAAAAUUUGAUAUUCUCAUUACUUGCGAAGAACGAGUCUACGAUCAGGUUCUAGAGUAUAUGGAAAACAAAGAGCCUUCAGACAAUUCAAUUGUCCACGUAAUUAAUAUUGACAUUCAAGAUAAUUUAGAGGAAGCCACUAUCGGGGCUUUUUUGAUCAGCGAUUUGUGUAUGCAUAUUGCUACAGCUGAAGAUUUGGACAACGACAUUGAAGAGGUGCUGCAUACUUUUGAAGAAAAGUGCCAAAGACCUAUAUUGCAUAGUAUUGUUUUUAAUUAA